AUGGAGCCACUACCAGACCCCAAACACGACAGGGUUGUCUCCUCGGUGCAGCCCCCCCCCGCUAAACCCCUCUCUCUGAAUAUACUCUACCCGCAGGGGCCUGACAGCCCCCCAGACUGGAAAGAGCUUCGAUCCCACCUGCAGAGAGAAGGAAGAGUGUUUAAAGAAGACUGUCUAGAGAUCAUCAGAAAGGUUACAGACAUCACCAGCAACGAGCCAAACCUCCUGCGGCUUAGCGACCCCAUCACAGGGGGGGAAGGGGGGAGAGAUGCUGCUUAG